UCUGUGUCACGCACCUGGUGCAAGUAACUUAGUAUCCAGUGGCAGCAGAGUUGGCGAGCUGGGUGUAGAGGGCGCUCUUCAAGAAGUGAAGAGAGUGGAAGAGGCGCCCGUUGAAGAGCUUGACGAUUGGAGGAUAGUUUCGUAAGGGCUAGAUCCAAUUGGUAAGGGGAUUCUCAGGCUUCAAUAGACAGCAAGUUCGCUGGUGUUUGCUGCUGAAGGGUGAACCCUGGUGAUCCCUUCAGGCGCUGAGCUCAAUGCAUCACCUGCCUAGUCGAAUUGGGAGUUUUGGACAGUUUGCAGCUGGUCGCACACAGGCCAUGGAUGAUGGUGGAAACGGGCAGCAGGAUGCGUCAGCUGAUGGCAGGUUCCUCCUCCAGGGCUACUUACUGAAGAGAUCAGAGACGCUGAGACGCUGGAAUAAGCGAUGGUUCAGCUUGGAUCCUACAACCGCCAGGUUGGAAUACAGGUCACAGCGGAGCGACCUGUAUCCACGAGGCCAGAUUGUCUUUGAUGCAAGCAGCACCAUCACAGUUUCGCCGAUCAACUUCAACAGUGGCGCAAAGCAGUACGAUGGAUGCUGUCUCUAUAUUGGCACUCCCCGGAAGAAGGAUUACUUCCUGGCGGCAGAGACGCCGGCAGCAGCCAGGGCUUGGGUGACAGCACUGCGGGCGGCUAUGCAGGUCCUCAAGGCCCACCGUGAUGCUGUGAACGCUCUCGGAGACUCGCAGAGGCGGCAGCAAAGCGAGGCCGCUCUUCGCGCCGCUGCCACUGCAUCGAACGCCACUGCGGAGGCGAUGGCGAAGGAGAUCCAGGCGGCAAGCCAGAAGCUGGUGCUACAAGGGUUUGGGAUGCAGGCGGAGGAGAGUGGGCAGGCCGAUGAGGGGUCGGAUGAUGGCGUUAUGGAUGGAACCACGAUCGUGAAGGAGACGCUCCGUGUCAAAGACGAGGAGCUCGCGCAAAUGGCGCAGGACCUGCGGGCCCGCGACUCGACGAUCCGCGAGAUGGCCGAUCGGCUGUCGGAGACGGCAGAGGCGGCCGAGGCAGCGGCGGCGGCGGCGAUGCAGAUGGACCGGGACAGGAAAGCGGCGGUCUCGGAAGCGGCGCAGGCACGGCGGCUGGCGGAGAACGCGCUCAAGGAGGCGGAGACGCGGAUCAAGGAGGCGCAGGAAAGAGCGGCGCAAAAGGUAAAGACGCUGGAAGCCGACCGGGAGGAGGCCAUCCACCGGGCCAUGCAGUGGAAGGCCGAGGCCGACCGGGCGCACGAAAAGGCGCGAGCACUGGAGCUGGCGCUGAGACAGGCGCAGGGGGCGGCCGCGACUGCGAAGACGCACGGUCUUGCAGCUGACAAGCCACCGGUCGAACCUGCUCUCGAGCCGCCGGCGACCACGAUCCUCACAAGCACAGCAGAGCCGUCUCAAGCCCCAGCAGAACCGGACGCGGCCGCCGUACAAAGUGCAAGAGCCGGGCACGAAGUCAAUGAAGCAGCUCAGCAAACAGCAGCAGAUCCUCACAGCAACGAGAAUGGGGUCGACUUAGGCCACAACAAGGAGCCGUCCAUGGAUCAGCAGUCAGAGAAGGAAGAGCACAAGGCCGGUCCCUCUGCACCGGUCGUCGGUGCCGGUCCUCCAGAGCAGCGAGGCCCCGAAACGAGCAACACGAGCAACACCGACGGAGUGGCGGGAGAAGGUGUUGGAGGGGAUGCUGAUGGUGCUGGGUUGCAGAAUGUCAGUCAGUCCGGGGCCCCUCCGAAGCAUGAAGAUGUGGAGAGCCCGAGCGUCCAGAAAAGCUCGCCUGCUGAGGAUCAGAAGAAUGUUGUGGAUAAGAAGCAGCCCGGGGACGCAGGACACACUUCAGGGUUUGUUGACGACGUCCCAGCUAUGGAUCCGGGUUUUCUCGCUGCUUUUCGGCAGGGCUCUCUAGGGAGUCAGCCUGAGAGUGGCAAGCCAGACGACAAUCCUUAGGAUUUUGUCCUCCGUCAAAGAAAGUAGAAAGAACCUCAUAGCGUACAUUAUAUUGGUUUCAUGCGUUGAGUGCUCUUCGGCAUGAUACAUGAGAGCUCUCCGUCACCG